AGGCAGUUUGAAUCCAAUUGACCGUUAAUCAGUUCGCAGUUGAUCAAGCCGCGGCAUUCCCGCUUGAAAUAGCUGACCUUCUCAAACGGCCAUGGUCAAAGCCGCUCUCGACGCCGAAGAUUACGCAAAGGCUGUCGUAGAGGCUCAGAUCGUGCUAGCAUCUGACUCGCAAAACUACUUCGCUCGCCUUUUCCUGGCUCGCGCUCUCGAAAAGCAGGCCAAGUUCGACGACGCAGCAAAGACUUACCAAGCGGCGGCGAAGUCCAAGCCGGACGACAGCCAAGCAUGGCUCGGCCUCUGCAGCGUCUAUGAAGCUCAAGGUUCGAGCAAAGUCGACGAAUACCGAGAGGCUGCUGUGAAAGCGGCCGUAGCUUUCGCGAAUGUCGAUGACAAACACCGAUGUCAGACGACCAUCGAUAAGCUUACCACGUUUGUUAAGCAGAAUGGGACAACUACGCAGUAUAAGCGUGCAUUAAAGGUCUUGCUGCCUGGAGGCCCGGUUUACGAUUACUUGGAAGGCCGUAUUCCGCAUCCCUCACACACCUACUCACGCUUGGUGGAGAUCACCGAGGAUGAGGAAGCGAAGCGUAUUCAGCGUGAGAUCAACGAGCGACGAACGCGCAUAGGUGCGAGACUAGGCCAAGUCACUGCCGAUGUGAAGCGAGAAGUGCUUGGCUCGAGCGAGCUCGAAGGUUUGUACCAGCAAAUCAUCAAUUGGACCAACGACGAUGAGGUGCGGCACCAGUACGAGGAGAAACUACUGGAGCGAGCCUAUGAACUACUGAUCGUGCUUCCGGCUGAGCAAAAGCGUGCCAAGCUAGAUCAGGUCCUGACGUUGGCGGAGGGAAUGGUUAUUGUAAAACACAUAUACCAGAACGCCUGGGAUCUAGUGCUUGAGACGAGAGAUCUUGACGACUUGAGGGGUCUUGAUGUCAACAUCUUGAGAGAGUAUGUUGCAUCUUUCCCGGAUGCUGGGCUUGCGAAGAUCUUGCAGGCAUGGCUUAGCAGCGAGCUGUCUCCGUUCCCGCCGGCCCCGAAGAACGACAAUUCGGAUACGGAGGCGAAGAAGGAGAUGACCGCAGAGGAACGCUUGCUCUUAAUGAACGAAGGACUUUCGGCCUCCGAGCAGUCACCUUUUGCGCAUCGCUUAGUUGCAGACUAUUACCUUCACCUCGAUGAGCACGAAACAGCCGCCGAAACCGCUCGGGCGGGCUUACAGGCUACCACGGCCGAGUCGCAAAAGCUUGGUAUGACCUUUCAGAACACCCGUGAUGCAUUGAACAGCACCUUGGCCACGGCUCUAGUUUACUUCCAGGCACCUCGCCACCACGCAGAAGCUCACAGGCUCUUUGAGGACAUCCUGCAGCGGAGGCCGAUGUGGACUCCUGUACUGAUAGGCCUGGGCUUGAUCUUUGAGGAGACUGAAGACUACUCGGAUGCAAUCAACUUCCUCGCGCAAGCGCUAGAGCAAGAUCCAUCGAACGUACAAGUCGGCACCGAGUUGGCGUGGUGUCGUGCACUGUGUGGCGAGCACGAGCAGGCACAGCAAGAGCUAGAAAGCUAUCUUCCCAAGCUAAAGGCGGACGAUCCACAGGCCCGUGACCUCCGCGCUCAGGUACUGUAUCGUGUAGGCGUCUGCAUCUGGAAUCUGGACACUUCAAAAGCCGCCCGCAAAAGCCGCGAUGGCGCCUACGCCCGCUUUCUUGCCGCCAUCAAAACCAACGUCAACUUUGCCCCCGCCUACACAAGUCUGGGCUACUACUACGCCGAUUAUGCCCGUGACCGUAAGCGUGCUCGUCAAUGCUUCCAGAAAGCCUUCGAGCUAUCACCAGCCGAGACGGACGCAGCGGAACAUCUCGCCAAAUCCUUCGCCGACCAACGCGACUGGGACAUAGUGGAAGUAAUCGCACAACGAGUCGUCGACUCUGGCCGCGCACGACCACCCCCUGGCUCCAAGCGAAAGGGGCUUAGCUGGCCUUACUCCGCGCUUGGAGUGGUUCAGAUGAAUCGGCAGGAGUACUCGCAAGCAGUUGUCAGCUUUCUAGCUGCGCUACGCAUCAGCCCGGACGACUACCAGUCGUACGUCGGUCUUGGUGAGAGCUACCAUAACUCGGGGAGGUACAACUCGGCUUUGCGGACGUUCAACUUCGCUCUGAACCCGCCGGAGGGGACACCGAUGAAAGUCAGCGGCGAGACAUGGUUUGCCAGAUAUAUGCUUGCAAACGUGCACCGAGAGCUUGGCGAUUUCGAUGACGCUAUUGCGGGCUUGAGGGAGGUGCUUGAGGAGAGGAGUGAAGAGUUUGGCGUGCUGGUGUCGCUGUUGCAGACGUUUGUGGAGAAGGCGUGGAGAUGCUUGCAGUCGGGGCUUUAUGGGCAAGCCGUUGAGAGCUCUUUGCAGGCUAUUGAAACUGCCGGGGUUGUUGUUAAGGACCGGCCAAACGCUUUUAACCUUUGGAAGGCAGUCGGAGAUGCCUGCCUUAUCUUCUCGUGGGUACAGGCAGCCAGGCAGCGGUUUCCAAGCUCGGCAGUGUCUGGGUUGCUAAGAGCAGAUACUGGGGAGGCGACUUAUACUCUGCUUACAGACAUCGACUUGCUGAAUGCUGAUACGCUGUCGCAACUGGACACGCACGGCGAGGUAUCUCCAACUGCGUCCAACGAACCGAUCGUGGCCGGCAUUCUCGCCUACAAGCGCGCCAUCUCGGCGUGCGCAAACGACCUCCACGCGCAGGCCGUCGCUUGGUACAAUCUCGGCUGGGCAGAACAUCGUGCGUGCGUCUGCAGCGAGCCGAAGGCGGGCAAGCAUUAUCUGAAGGCCGCUGUGCGCUGUUUCAAGCGUGCCAUCGAGCUGGAAGCCGGCAACGCCGAGUUCUGGAACGCCCUCGGAGUCGCAACUACCACGCUAAAUACUAAAGUCGCGCAGCACGCUUUCGUUCGGUCGCUUCAUCUUAACGAGCUGAACGCGAAGGUAUGGACGAAUCUGGGCGUGCUGUAUCUUCUGCAAAACGAUCAUGAGCUCGCGCAUGCGGCGUUUGGAAGGGCGCAGUCUACUGAUCCCGAAUACGCUCACGCUUGGGUCGGCGAGGGGUUGAUUGCUCUGCUCGUUGGCGAAACAAAGGAAGCACUGAAUCACUUGACGCACGCUUUUGAGAUUUCAGAUGCUGUGUCUACGAUUACAAAGCGGCAGUACACGCUCUCCAGCUUUGAUCACAUCCUCUCCGUGCAGUCAAAGUCGAGCGACCUUGCUAAGCUUAUCCAGCCAGUGUUUGCGCUUGAGCAGUUGGGAACGCAGGCGCCGCAAGAUCUGCCCUACCGACACCUCUCCGCCCUGUUCCUGGAGCGCGUAGGCAACUACAGCGGUGCUGUGGAAGCGCUCACGGAGAUCUGCACGGCUGCUGAAGCGGAGUACGAGCAGUCCGAGAGCCUUGGUGCGCUUGGGCGCUACGCUCAUGCCAAGUCUGAUCUUGCCCGCUGCUUGCUUGCCUCGGCCACGACGUAUGACGAAGCUACGGGACAUGCUGAGACGGCGCUGGAUCUUACCUCGGACGCCGAUAAUAGCGGCUUGGAUGUGGAAGGACGGCGCCGCCUGCGGCUGUCUGCACACCUUACCGCAGGUAUGUCGUUGUAUAAGCUAGGCAAGACGACUAGGGCGAUUGGAAUGUUCCGUACGGCUUUGCAGGAAAGCAAGAAUGAUCCCGAUGUUGUUUGCCAGCUUGUACAGGUGCUGUGGGCGCACGGCGGUGGAGAGGAGAAGAAUGUGGCGAGAGAGCAAUUGGUCGACUGCGCGGAGAAGCAUCCUGAGCAUGUCGGAAGCGUCACCCUUCUAGGAGCUAUUGCUGCGUUGGACAAUGAUGGCGAGACCGCAAGUGCUGUCAAGGAAGACCUUGCGAACCUGCGCUUGAAGGAUGACUUACAGCCUCACGAACAGGACCGGAUUGAAGCUGUGCUCUCCGGCUUAGCUGCGCUCCAGGAUCAGGCUGGAGUUGGUGACGUGCUGGAGGCGCAGUGUGCUAUUAUGCUCAGACCUGAACACUCGGUAGCGUGGUCCGAGCUAUUGGAGUCGUCGGGAGAUGCGUGUGUGGCGGUGAUGGCGCUGAAGACAGCUCAAAAGACUUUGCCACCUCUGGGCGAGAUGGGAACGGCACAGCUGGCUAGAAUGUAUGCUGGUGUCAGAAACUUGAGUGAUGCGCAGCGUGCCGUCUUCUUAGCACCUUGGGAGAGAACGGCUUGGGUGGCAAUGGAAGAGUCGUUGUCGUGAUCGUGCUGCCUGCCGCGAAGUGAAGUGAGGCAACGCCGCGCAUGAUGCUCGAAUGAAUGCAUGUGUAAUGGCGAACAGCAUAGCGAUGUCUC